UUCAUAUAUAAAUAGUUGUGAAUAAAAGUUUUACUUUGAGUUCAAAUUAAAUGUUUGUCUAAAAGUCAACAAAAUACUGAAGACUUAUUCCUAAACUAAAUAAACACAACAUCUAUAAAAUGGAUAUAAAACAGAGAAACAAAUCGCACGUGAAUUUCGACACAGAAUUCACGGGAAGUACUGAUUGGGAGUGCGUUGACUACCAUAGCCUUCCCAAAUGGCUUCAGGACAACAAAUACCUGCACCGACACCACCGGCCAGUC